GGUCGCUGUGGUGCCGCCUCAGCCGUCGGGGGACGUCGAGGCAGGAGCAGGCGCCGCCGUCGCCCGAGGCCCCCGGGCGUGGGUGGAGCCGGUGCGGGGGGCUCAGGCCCCCUUGGGGGCCCCUCCGCCGCGAUGGGCAACCUGGAGAGCGCCGAGGGGGGCCCGGGCGAGCCCCCCGCCGUCUCGCUGCUGCCGCCCCCCGGCAAGAUGCCGAUGCCCGAGCCCUGCGAGCUGGAGGAGAGGUUCGCCCUGGUGCUGAGCUCCAUGAAUCUGCCUCCUGACAAGGCCCGGCUCCUGCGACAGUAUGACAAUGAGAAGAAAUGGGAUCUCAUUUGUGACCAGGAACGGUUCCAGGUGAAGAAUCCUCCCCACACCUACAUUCAGAAACUCCAGAGCUUCUUGGACCCCAACGUAACCCGGAAGAAGUUCAGGAGGAGAGUGCAGGAAUCAACCAAGGUAUUGAGGGAGCUGGAGAUCUCACUUCGGACCAACCACAUUGGGUGGGUGCGGGAGUUCCUGAAUGAUGAAAACAAAGGCUUGGAUGUACUGGUGGAUUACCUGUCCUUCGCCCAGUGUUCUGUCAUGUUUGACUUUGAGGGUCUGGAGAGUGGUGACGAUGGUGCAUUUGACAAGCUACGCUCCUGGAGCAGGUCCAUCGAGGACCUGCAGCCCCCCAGCGCCCUGUCUGCCCCCUUCACCAACAGCCUCGCUCGCUCUGCGCGCCAGUCUGUACUCCGGUACAGCACCCUCCCAGGGCGCAGGGCCCUGAAGAACUCACGUUUAGUGAGCCAGAAGGACGAUGUCCAUGUGUGCAUCCUCUGUCUCAGGGCCAUCAUGAACUAUCAGUACGGAUUCAACCUGGUCAUGUCCCACCCCCAUGCUGUCAAUGAGAUUGCACUCAGUCUCAACAAUAAGAACCCCAGGACCAAAGCCCUUGUCCUAGAGCUCCUGGCAGCUGUGUGUUUGGUGCGGGGAGGUCAUGAAAUCAUUCUUGCUGCCUUCGACAAUUUCAAAGAGGUCUGCAAGGAGCUACACCGCUUUGAGAAGCUGAUGGAGUAUUUCCGGAAUGAGGACAGCAACAUCGACUUCAUGGUGGCCUGCAUGCAAUUUAUCAACAUUGUGGUGCACUCAGUGGAGGAUAUGAAUUUCCGGGUCCACCUGCAGUAUGAGUUUACAAAGUUAGGGCUGGAGGAGUUCUUGCAGAAGUCACGGCACACGGAAAGUGAGAAGCUGCAAGUGCAGAUUCAGGCCUACCUGGACAAUGUGUUUGAUGUUGGGGGUUUGUUGGAGGAUGCUGAGACCAAGAAUGUGGCCCUGGAGAAGGUGGAGGAGCUGGAGGAGCACGUUUCUCAUCUUACAGAGAAGCUUCUGGAUCUAGAGAACGAGAAUAUGAUGCGAGUAGCAGAACUAGAGAAGCAGCUGCUGCAGCGGGAGAAGGAACUGGAGAACAUCAAGGAGACUUAUGAGAACACGAGCCACCAGGUACACACCCUUCGGCGGCUCAUUAAGGAGAAAGAGGAAGCCUUUCAGCGCCACUGCCACCUGGAACCCAAUGCUCAGGGUCUGGAGUCAGCAGGUAGUGAGAUCCUGACUCGGGUGGGCCCUGCGGAGCUGAGUGAAGGCCUGUCACCAUCCGAACUGGACCUCCUGACUCCAGCUUCACCUCCUGAGGAGGUUCUACCUCUGCCUCCACCACCAGCACCUCCACUGCCCCCUCCACCACCCCCAUUACCGGACAAGUGUCCUCCAGCCCCACCUCUUCCUGGUGCUCCACCCUCUGUGGUAUUGACAGUAGGCCUGUCAGCCAUUCGCAUCAAGAAACCUAUCAAGACCAAGUUCCGGCUGCCUGUCUUCAACUGGACAGCACUAAAACCCAACCAGAUCAGUGGCACUGUCUUCAGCGAACUUGAUGAUGAAAAGAUCUUGGAGGACCUGGACCUGGAUAAGUUUGAGGAACUAUUCAAGACAAAAGCCCAGGGCCCUGCACUUGACCUCAUCUGCUCCAAGAACAAGACAGCUCAAAAGGCUGCCAGCAAGGUUACCUUGUUAGAAGCCAAUCGUGCCAAGAACCUGGCAAUCACUCUGCGCAAGGCUGGCCGCUCAGCUGAGGAGAUCUGCAGGGCCAUCCACACGUUUGACCUACAGACGCUCCCUGUGGACUUCGUGGAGUGCCUGAUGCGCUUCCUACCUACAGAGGCUGAGGUGAAGCUACUGCGGCAGUAUGAGCGGGAACGGCAGCCCCUGGAGGAAUUGGCAGCUGAGGACCGGUUCAUGCUGCUCUUCAGCAAGGUGGAGCGGCUGACCCAGAGAAUGGCAGGCAUGGCCUUCCUGGGCAACUUCCAGGAUAACCUGCAGAUGCUCACACCGCAACUUAAUGCCAUCAUUGCAGCCUCUGCCUCUGUCAAGUCCUCACAGAAGCUGAAACAGAUGCUGGAGAUCAUACUUGCACUGGGAAACUACAUGAACAGCAGCAAGCGAGGAGCUGUGUAUGGCUUUAAGCUCCAGAGCCUGGACCUGCUGCUGGACACCAAGUCCACUGACAGGAAGAUGACCUUGCUACACUUCAUCGCUUUGACAGUGAAGGAGAAGUACCCAGAGUUGGCAAACUUUUGGCAUGAGCUGCACUUUGUGGAGAAGGCGGCGGCAGUGUCUCUGGAGAACGUGCUGCUGGAUGUUAAGGAGCUGGGCCGGGGCAUGGAGCUGAUUCGGCGUGAAUGCAGCAUACACGACCAUAGCAUCCUUCGGAACUUCCUUAGCACCAAUGAAGGCAAGCUGGACAAGCUGCAGCGUGAUGCCAAGACAGCCGAGGAGGCCUACAAUGCAGUUGUUCGCUACUUUGGUGAGAGUCCCAAGACCACACCUCCUUCUGUGUUCUUCCCAGUCUUUGUUCGGUUCGUUCGAUCUUACAAGGAAGCAGAACAGGAGAAUGAAGCCCGCAAGAAACAGGAGGAAGUUAUGCGGGAGAAGCAGCUGGCUCAGGAAGCCAAGAAAUUGGAUGCCAAGUCCCCAGCUCAGCGGAACAAGUGGCAACAGCAGGAACUUAUUGCAGAAUUAAGGCGGCGCCAAGCGAAGGAGCACCGACCUGUUUACGAAGGGAAAGAUGGUACCAUUGAGGACAUCAUCACAGGCCUUCACCACCACUCCAUUGUUGUUCACCACCAAGCCAGGAGUUCUGCACCACCCAGUGGCCCCCCUCGAGCUCCAGGCCCCCACUGAGACCCUCCUGGUGGUAGAAGCACUUCUGCUCUCUUUGAGUCCUCUACAAGCUCUAACAUCAGCUCAAGCCCAGCACAGAGGUGCUGCUCUCAACCCUGUGUAUAGACACUACUGGGCACUAAACUAGGUCUUCCAGGGCCUGGCACUUCCCUGGUGCCUCCAGUAUUGCACUUGUCCUAAGUCUUCUUUCCCUACAGGGACACUCAGCUGGAGAAAACCAGUCCCAGCUCUAACCUAAAUGGGCACCAAAGACCCUGUCUCUUGAGUCAGAAGAUGAGAGGGAUAAGCAAGUGUACCUUUCCCCCACCUCCUUCUUACUCAGGGGCAAUGGUCAGCUAUUGCUCAGAAGUGUCUACCUUAGGAAACUCUGGCUCUUGUCAGUCACACCAGAUCCUUUUUUACCAGGAGCAAGAAACUCCAAUGUCUGGCCUGCCUAGCUAUGUCUAGUGAGAAUAGUAGAGGGGUGCCACCUAUCCACCAAACCUCUUUAUUGGUGCUCUUCACUCUAGGAUGACUGUCCUGGCUGGACUGGGCUGGAGGUAGUCUUUGCAUCAACCCAUGCUGGCUAGAGAAAGGAUCUGACCGUCUUGUCUCAACUAGGGUUUUUUAUUGUUUUGGCAGAGGGCAGGGGUUGUGGUGGUCACAGCUAACUAGUUUCAUAGUUACUGCCAGUUUCUUAUCAGCCCCUGGAAAGGAAUCUAAGGGGCUUGUUCCUUUUUGUACAUGUACCACCUCCUCUUUUGUACAGAAACCCAGACUUUUUCUUUCAACAAAGGCUUAAAGCAGCA